AUGUCCUUUCAGUUUAACACCGCCUGUGAAAAAGCCAAAGCCUUUACGAAGAAACCCACCAAUGAUGAGUUUUUGGAAUUCUAUGGUCUCUACAAACAGGCCACCGUGGGUGAUUGUAAUAUUGCCAAACCGGGUGUAACGGAUGUCGUAGCAAAAGCUAAAUACGAGGCAUGGAACAGGCACAAGGGCAUGUCCCAAGAUGCAGCCAAACAGGCAUAUAUUGCAACCUAUCAAAAAUAUGCACCCAAAUAUGCUUAAGG